AUGGAAAAUAUUUUAUUAGGUGGAUUCUCAUCGUCAAUUGCGACAAUCUUCACUAAUCCCUUAGAAGUUAUUAAAACAAGACUUCAGCUGCAAGGUGAAUUAAAGGCUAAGGGACAUCAUAUUGAACCAUAUAAAAAUUUCCUGCAAGGGUUAACUCAAAUAGCAAAGCAUGAUGGCAUGAGUGCUUUACAGAAAGGAUUAUCAGCAUCUUUGUGCUUUCAAUUUAUUCUCAAUGCAUGUCGUCUAGGAGUUUAUACCACAGCAUAUGAAAGUGGAUGGACGAGAAGCUCUAAUGGUGAUGUGUCAAUAAUCAAGUCAGCAUUUUUCGGAGGCAUUGGCGGAACGCUCGGUCAAGGAAUUGCAAGUCCAUUUUUCAUGAUAAGAAAUCAAUUGCAAUCUGCUGCAGUCAAAGAAAUUGCUGUUGGAUAUCAACAUAAACAUCAGACAAUGUCCAGUGCAUUUCAAAAGAUUUAUAAUGCUCAUGGCAUUAGUGGAUUGUAUAGAGGCGUUUUAGUUGUAAUUCCAAGAGGAUGUCUCGGUUCAGGUAGUCAAAUUGCUGCUUUUGGAUAUUCAAAGGACGUCCUGCAACGUAAAACAAAUUUAAAUCCAACAGCCAUAUCAUUUAUUAGUAGUUGUAUAGCAGGAACUGUUAUGACUAUCAUUAUGCAUCCACCUGAUGUCAUUUCAACGAGGCUAUAUAAUCAAGGAACAAAUUCUAGUGGUCAGGGACUUAAUUAUACAGGCGUGAUUGACUGUUUCAUAAAAACAGUUAAAAAUGAAGGCUUUAAAGGGCUUUACAAAGGUUUCUUUCCACAUUAUCUUAGAUUAGGAACUCAUAGCGUUCUGGUCCUCGUAUUCUUUGAUGAACUCAAAGCUCUAAAAUCAAAACUAAAUGUUUAA